UAUAAUACUUUUGUGAUAGAAGAAAAACAUGGUUUCAAUCAACAGAUGUUGUGAUUCUUCAUGAAAGAUGCAAUCAAGAAAUUUAUUGUGACUCAGUGUAUUUUAUUGCCCGUGUCUUCACUACUACUUUAUAUUAUCAAAAUUGGGGAUGACUAUUUUUUUUAUUUAUGCCUGGCUGUUCACAUCAGUUGUGUCUCUGGUUCUUGUCAUAAUCUAUGCUGAUUAUAUUGCCCCUUUAUUUGACAAAUUCACACCUCUGCAUGAGGGAAAGCUUAAACAAGAAAUUGAAAUAGUUGCAAAGAGUAUUGACUUUCCUUUGACUAAGGUGUAUGCUAUUGAAGGAUCUAAACGCUCUUCCCACAGCAAUGCUUAUUUUUAUGUCUUCUUCAAGAACAAGCGAAUAGUUUUGUUUGACAUUCUAUUAGAAGAAUACUCUGUACUAAACAAAGACAGCCAGGAAGAUUCUGGCAUGGGACUCCACAAUGGUGAAGAAGGGGAUAAUGAAGAAAUGAAAACUAAAGUUAAAAAUAAGAAACAAGGAUGUAAAAAUGAGGAGGUGCUUGCUGUACUAGGCCAUGAACUGGGGCACUGGAAGUUGAGACACACAGUCAAAAACGUCAUUAUUAGCCAGGUUCUUUCUUUUUGCUUAACAGUCCUAAGCUGCAGAUCUCAAGCUGAUGCAUCUGCCAAGAAACUUGAGAAGGCUAAAGACUUAUAUUCUGCUUUAAUCAAACUUAACAAAGUUAACUUGGGAUUCCCUGUUUCUGACUGGUUAUUUUCAAUGUGGCAUUAUUCUCAUCCUCUGCUACUAGAGAGACUUCAAGCUUUGAAAAGUUCAAAACAAGACUGAGAUGCCCAGGGUCUGUGACUGAAGACAUUUCUGAUUAUUUCUGUCCUGGCAGCAUGUUCUAGCUCUUGAUGUUUUUAAACUUUUGCUUUUUAAAGAAAAAUUACUAACUACAUAAAAGCCCAGAUUUAAUUACAUUCAAUAUCUCAUUUCAAAAAUGAUUUUAAUAAUCCAUUUCUUAAACACUGGAUGAAAAUUGAGGCUUAAUGUUUUUUAAAGGCAUAGUUUUAUCUUUGAGAUCUAAUUUACCAUCAACUUGUAAAAUUAUUUGAGAAAAAAGAAAAGAAAAGAAAAGAAAAGAAAAGACUCUGGAUAAAUGAGAACAUACAUUCAUCUGACUCUCAAGAGGGGAGAGGAAAUGGGCAGAGGUAGUAUUUGAACAGAGAAUGUUAAUAAUCCUUCAAAAGGGAUGCAGAGCAUAGAUUGAAGCCCAAUAAGUUUUGUGUAAGAUAAAUUAAAAAAAAACAAAACAAAAAACUUACCUGGUAC